GCAAAGGAAAGGUGUCCUUAUAAGAGUAUUCCAACUUUUCCCCUCUAUGUGAGAGCUCAUCCGGAUGGUACUUUCACACGAACAUGGAGGAAAGGAGUUCAAUUUCGCCUUCUGCCUAAUAGGGUUUUCGAGUUUCAUGCUCCAAAGAGUGGUAAUGAAGAAGAUUUAGAUCGCAUAAAUCGAACUGCAAACCCCCCCUUUUUCUUCUCUUCGUCCCGAGAACCCGAAAGGGAUUCGUCAACAACUACAGCUCAUACUCUGACAACGGAGUCAAUGGUAUCACUUAUUCAAUCCUUCAACAUCUGCUUUAAAGAGCUAAGCCCGGGUAUGGAUGGGCCACUACACCUUUCUUCUACACAAAUUCUGACUUCGCCGAGUCUAUCGCCAAUUCUACACAAUUUCAUUCUUUCGCAAUCUUCUCGUUUGACUGUGAAAAGCCCCAAAAUGGAUGUCGUUGAGGCACUAGGUUUAGAGGUAAAGGCAGGGUUCCCAAAAUUUGGAGACGAUUUCAUAAUCAAGACGAUUUCUGAAGCUUCAGCUCGUAGAUCUAUUCAGCUCACUUCUUUCUACAAUAUCUUCCCAGAACUCGUCUCCCCAAAUGUUUCAGCAAGCAGCAGCCAGUUACCAAUAAACUCAGAAAAGAAGACUGAUCAUCAGAUGAGCACUCAGCUCCCUGCAGCUAACACAACCAAUUUGCAAAGUCGUUUGAAAUCACCUUCUUCGUCUGGCAGCCACAAGGCUAUUUUCAGUACAGAUGACCACAAUGUGGAUACGACUGAUGUGUCGGGUGGUUUCAAAGUGAAAGCUGCUUUUGGGGAAGAGAAGAUACGCUUCAGCAUGCAGCCGCACUGGAGUUUCCAACGACUGCUGCAGGAGGUACUGAGGCGCUUUAACGUGGACAACAGUGCUAGAAUUGAUCUGAAGUAUUUAGAUGACCUAGAGUGGGUGCUCUUGACUUGUGAUGCUGAUCUGGAAGAGUGUAUAGACAUACACAAAUACACAGGUCCUGCAAGAGAAAUAAUUAAAUCACUUCCAGCAGAAGAAAGACAUAGCUUCUACCUGACAAUGAUCGUCUCUUUCAAUGCUAGUCACAAUAAUCUGGUGCAGCUAUAG